GCUUCCGGACUCCUCAGGGUUAAAAGGGAAGGUCCGGCCAGGGGUCCCUGGGCAGAGGAUACCAGCGGCGGACCACAGGCAGGGCAGAGGCACGUCUGGGUCCCCUCCCUCCUUCCUAUCGGCGACUCCCAGAUCCUGGCCAUGAGACCCCCGCACCUCCACCUCUCCGCCGCCUCUGGCGCCCGGGCUCUGGCGAAGCUGCUGCCGCUGCUGAUGGCGCAACUCUGGGCCGCGGAGGCGGUGCUGCUUCCCCAAAACGACACGCGCUUGGACCCCGCAGCCUACGGCGCCCCGUGCGCGCGAGGCUCGCAGCCCUGGCAGGUCUCGCUCUUCAACGGCCUCUCAUUCCACUGCGCGGGUGUCCUGGUGGACCAGAGUUGGGUGCUGACGGCCGCGCACUGCGGGAACAAGCCACUGUGGGCUCGAGUCGGGGAUGACCACCUGCUGCUUCUUCAGGGCGAGCAGCUCCGCCGGACCACUCGCUCUGUUGUCCAUCCCAAGUACCACCAGGGCUCAGGCCCCAUCCUGCCAAGGCGAACAGAUGAGCAUGACCUCAUGUUGCUGAAGCUGGCCAGGCCCGUAGUGCCGGGGCCCCGCGUCCGGGCCCUGCAGCUUCCCUACCACUGUGCCCAGCCUGGAGACCAGUGCCAGGUCGCUGGCUGGGGCACCACGGCCGCCCGGAGAGUGAAGUACAACAAGGGCCUGACCUGCUCCAGCGUCACUAUCCUGAGCCCUAAAGAGUGUGAGGUCUUCUACCCUGGCGUGGUCACCAACAAUAUGAUAUGUGCCGGGCUGGACCGGGGCCAGGACCCUUGCCAGAGUGACUCAGGAGGCCCCCUGGUCUGUGAUGAGACCCUCCAAGGCAUCCUCUCAUGGGGUGUUUACCCCUGCGGCUCUGCCCAGCAUCCAGCUGUCUACACCCAGAUCUGCAAAUAUAUGUCCUGGAUCAAUAAAGUCAUACGCUCCAACUGAUCCAGAUGCCCAGAGGCUCCGUCGUCCAUCCUCUUCCUCCCCAGUCGGCUGAACACUCCCCUUGUCUGCACUGCUCAAACCUCUGCCACCCUCCACGCCUCUAAACAUCUCUCCUCUCGCCUCAUUCCCCCACCCAUCCCCAUUCUCUGACUGCACUGAAGCUGAAAUGCAGAGAAACAUUAUUCCAGAAAAGCAAGGAAGCCGGUCAUCGCCCAGUCUCUGAGAGCAGUUAUUGGGGUCACCCAACCUGACUUCCUCUGCCACUCCCUGCUGUGUGACUUUGGGCAAGCCAAAUGCCCUCUCUGAACCUCGAUUUCCUCAUCUGCAAAAUGGGAACAAUGACGUACCUACCUCUUAGCCAUGUUGUGAGAAGACUAUGAUAUAACGCGUAUGUAAAUCUUCAUGGUGAUUGUCAUGUAAGGCUUAACACAGUGGAUGGGGAGCUCUGACUAAAGGUUACCUGUUGUCAUGAUCUGACCACAUCCCAGUGAGAGCAUUUCCAGGGAAGAAGUGCACGGGGUAGCCCCCAAUCCCAACCCUGCAUCCCCAUCCCUUAGGGAUGAUGGAAGAAUCAUUUUCCCCACCCUAGUUCCAAGUCCCAGGAACCACCUUUUAACCACUUCCUUCUCAUCUCCCACUGUUUCCCACUUCUGAUUCCACCCAACACCAGUUCCUCCUGUCUUGGUAGGAACUAGGCUGGCCGUGAGUCAUAUAGCACCUUCUCUGCCUUCAUGGGGCCGCUGGAACUCAAGGGACCUCACCUUGCUUCCAUCCUAACCUCUAAGACCAGAGGACUGAGGGGGUAGUGAAGAUUGGGGAACUCUUGCCACCUCAACUGCCAAGUUUGUGCCAAGAAACCUUCCUCUGACAUUUAGGGGAAAAAUCUUUGGUUUGUCUGUUAUUAAUUGGCUGUGAGAUUUUCGUCCUGAAAACUUGGGAGGAGGAAUUUUUUGACUCUCCCUGAAAUUGGGGGAGGGGAGGGGAGUUAAUACACAGAGUCCAGGUAAAGCUAA